GCCCACGGGCGGUGAUCGCACCUCCGUGCUCCACUUCCGUUUCCCCUCCUAUGAUCGCCGCCCCGCUUUCUAUAAACCCAAACUCCCUCUCCCCCUUCUCUUGCUACAAAAAGGUUUCUUUUUUAUUUCUUUCCUAGAGUUAGAGAUUAGGAUUUGGCGGCGAUGGCGAUGAUGGUCGGUGCAUCGCGGCGGCUCGCCGGGAGAUCCAACGCGGCCUCGAUGCUUGUCGCGGGGAUGCUUCGCUCGGCGCUGUGCCGGCCGAUCUCGACGGCGUUCAGGGAAGAGAGGGACACCUUCGGGCCCAUCAUGGUCCCCGCCGACAAGCUGUGGGGUGCUCAGACGCAGAGAUCGCUGCAGAAUUUUGAUAUUGGAGGUGAAAGGGAGCAAAUGCCGGAACCGAUCAUUCGGGCAUUUGGUAUCCUUAAGAAAUGCGCCGCCAAGGUAAACAUGGAAUAUGGUCUUGAUCCAUCUAUUGGGAAAGCAAUUAUGCAAGCUGCCCAAGAGGUUGCUGAGGGAAAAUUGAAUGAUCAUUUCCCACUUGUCAUUUGGCAAACUGGCAGUGGCACUCAAAGCAAUAUGAAUGCCAAUGAGGUGAUUGCAAAUAGAGCCGCUGAGAUUCUUGGCCAUAAACAUGGUGAAAAGUUUGUACAUCCAAAUGACCAUGUCAAUAGAGCCCAAUCUUCAAAUGAUACAUUUCCUACUGUCAUGCACAUAGCUGCAGCUGUAGAAAUUAAUUCAAGGUUUAUACCAAGCUUGAAACAGUUGCACAGUUCACUUCACUCCAAGUCUGUUGAGUUCAAAGAUAUCAUCAAGAUUGGGCGUACGCAUACUCAGGAUGCAACUCCUUUAACGCUUGGCCAAGAGUUCAGUGGGUAUACUACACAGGUAAAAUAUGGUGUUGAUCGAAUAACAGAUACUCUGCCUCGGAUGUAUCAGCUUGCACAAGGUGGCACUGCUGUUGGAACUGGGUUAAACUCAAAAAAAGGAUUUGAUGUUAAAAUUGCUGCUGCUGUAGCUGAGGAAACCAAUCUUCCAUUUAUCACAGCAGAGAACAAGUUUGAAGCAUUAGCAGCACAUGAUGCUUUUGUUGAGACUAGUGGAGCUGUAAACACAAUUUCUGCUUCUCUUAUGAAAAUUGCAAAUGACAUACGACUGUUGGGAAGUGGUCCGCGCUGUGGACUUGGUGAACUUAUCUUACCUGAAAAUGAACCAGGCAGCAGCAUUAUGCCUGGAAAGGUUAAUCCUACGCAGUGUGAGGCUCUCACCAUGGUCUGUGCUCAGGUGAUGGGUAAUCAUGUUGCCAUUACAGUGGGUGGAUCAAAUGGUCAUUUUGAGCUCAACGUUUACAAGCCCUUGAUUGCUAGUGCUCUUCUUCGAUCUCUAAGGUUACUCGGGGAUGCAUCCUUAUCUUUUGAAAAGAACUGUGUGAGGGGAAUUAAAGCAAACCGUGAAAGGAUUUCAAAGUUGUUGCAUGAAUCCCUGAUGCUAGUUACAUCUUUGAACCCUAAAAUUGGCUAUGAUAAGGCUGCUGCUGUUGCCAAGAAAGCUCACAAAGAAGGGAGUACGCUGAAGGAAGCUGCAUUGAGCCUGGGAGUCCUAACAGAACAAGAAUUUAAUCAACUUGUGGUACCGGAGAAAAUGAUUGGCCCUUCUGAUUAAUGAUAUAUCAACAGAUUUCCUGCUAAUCAUGCUCCUAACCUAUUAGGCUGGAAGUCCAUUUUUGCACUCAUUCCUUGCUGCUGCACUGGGUUGCAGCUAUAUAUUAUGCUUAAUAAAGCAGGCAAAAUUUUUUGUCCCUCUCUCUGGCAACUUGAGUUCUUCAUUUGGACAUUCUUUCAGCUCAUAUGAGCUAUCCAUAAUACCUUUGCCUAAGGUUAUGAGGGAAUUCAUUUACAUUUGUAUCGGUAAUGAAAGCAGCAGAAACUGAUUUGGAUGAUUAUCAUCAGCUGGGGAAUGGUAUAUUAUACACGGAGGGUGGAAUGUAUAUUUCCUGUUGGUUAUCUCUCUCUGUUUUUGUUUCUUUUGAGUUUUCAGUGCAGCAGUAUGAAAGACAAGUUUAGCUCA